CAUUGGAAUAGUGUAUCAUAUGACAACGUGAACUAUUCAUUUCUCGCAUAGCAUGAAAUCUUGUGUGUAGUCUCGGUGAGUAGGAAAAGGUCUUUAGUCCAACAAGACGGUAUUUACCGUUUGAGUCGACUUUCAAACGGUUUGUGGUUGGCAAUCAACUAAGUAGUAAUUGUGACGAAUCCUACUCGUGUCUGAAGUAAAAACUUGGUGUUUUGAGACAGCGCUGUCACGCACUGAGCUUGGUGUUAGCGACUGUAAGUGUUGGGUUUCACACCCAGCUUAAUCAUGAAGACGAUGUGUGCUUGAACUAAACCUACAAGUAAUACAACUUCUCUUUCGUCACAUUUAUUGGGAGUUCAUCAACAUGGCUAGCUCAAUAGGGCAAUUUCUUCAUGAAGAAGACCUUGACGAGGCGAUGCGACUUGCCAAAAAGAUAAACUACGAACAACUUGAUGAUUACGARCGAAAGAUGAUCAAUAACAUAUUGGAUUUUAACUGGGACGAAGAACAUCUCAUGGUGUCCAAUUUAUUGCACGCUCCUCAUAUAAUCCCAGAAGAAAUUCGCUUAAAAACCCUAAUUAAAGGCUUACGAGAAGAAAAGCAACCGUAUUAUGCCCUUGCCGCGGCUACUGGGAUAGCGAGCCUCAAACUUGAAGCACCAGAUGCCGAGAGGAUUAUCGAACUUCUCAAAAAUCUAUCAAAUCACAAGCAGGGCACAAUCGCAGUGCGUGGAUUCAUGACAUUAGCAGGUCUGCUUCGACACCCAGAAGAUACUUCGUUUGUUGUAAAAUUUAUGUACAAAUCACAGUCAAUUUUGAGAUAUAAUUCAUUGGACUGGUUGAUUGCAAACAUACGCGAUAAAAAUGAGCUACUGAAAAUCCUGGACGAUAAAUGUAUGCCCGAAGAGGUGAGAAAAGAAGCGACUGAUCGCGUGAAUACUAUUUAUCUCGACAAAGAAGACCACAUUGAUCAACGUGAUUGGACAACAGAGGAAAUCCACCAUUUUACAUUCGUACCGAAUUUGGCCGAGUUUGAAGCCAUGAUGACAAAAGAACAGACUUUGUCUGAACUUUUUUCCGAACUUGAUACAGACAACGAUGGAUUUAUAGGCGCAAAGGAGCUGAAGGAGUUUUGUGAAGAUAUUGGUCAAGAAGUAACAGAUGAAAGAGCUAGUAAAGAUAUAGAAAUCGUGGACAGAGACAAAGACGGUAAAAUUAAUAGAGAUGAGUGGAUUGAGCUCAUGUUUCCUAAGUUUAAUAUUCAGUAGAUGACCUUUAGAUAGGAAGAAAUAGCGAGAAUAGAAUAGGAACCGUCGCUAAAAUCCAAGAAAAGCGAGAAUCUCGCCUGAUCUAAGAAUAAACWGAUAGGAAAUACUCAUCGUAGAAAAGCAAAUUGGGUUGGCAAUAGAGCAAACACRCUAUAUCCUCAAAAUAAAAGCGAAUAACAGAGCUAAAUCUUCGUMCAAAUCGAUACUUUGUCGUAGAGUUUAGUAUUGUUUUUUCUAGUCGUAGACUAGUCGGAGAACAGAACGAAGCGCUAGGAAAAUGUAUCAGUAUGGACAGAACAUCGAAGUUUAUUUUACGGGAGUGGAAAAGAAAAAAAUAUUUCCUAAAGUUUAAGUCGUUAUCAAUUAUCAAAAUGGCCAUUAGCCGACAUUCC